GGGGAUGAGGCAUAUACGAUAACCCCAUAACAGUGACAUAACCCUUGCUGCUUUUUUUACCCCCCCCAAAAAAAAACUUGCCUCUUUCGAUCUGAAAACUCUCCCUUUGCAACAAUGUCAGAAACCCAAAGAGCUUCUUCUUCAUCAACCCUUGUCGACACUUUAGGCGAAGAAAUCGUUAGAAUAAUAACCCCCGUUUCAAUCUGCAUGUUCCUCGUAGUCAUCUUAGUCUCAAUUCUCAACACCGACGAUUCCCCAACAAUCGCCACCAUAGCCAACAUAGCAUACGAAGAAACAACCUCAGACUCUUCCUGGGACAAAUUCCUCGGCGCACUUCUAAAUUCCUUAGCCUUCGUCGUCGUAGUAACAUUUGCCACUUUUUUCUUAGUCCUCCUCUUCUAUUUCCGAUGCACCAGAUUCUUAAAACUCUACAUGGCUUUCUCUUCCUUUGUCGUUUUAGGUUUCCUCGGCGGCGAAAUUUCCGUUUUUUUGAUUCAGCAUUUUAACACGCCAAUUGAUUGCUUAACUUUUUUUAUUGUUCUGUGUAAUUUUGCUGUUGUUGGUGUUUUGGCUGUUUUUAUGUCGAAAAUGGCUAUUUUUGUUACACAAGGGUAUUUGGUAAUUAUUGGAAUUUUGGUUGCUUAUUGGUUUACUAUGUUGCCUGAAUGGACAACUUGGGCUAUGCUUGUUGCUAUGGCUUUGUAUGAUGUUGCUGCUGUUUUGUUGCCUGUUGGGCCUUUGAGGCUUUUGGUAGAACUUGCAAUAUCUAGGGAUGAAGAAAUUCCGGCAUUGGUUUAUGAGGCUAGGCCGGUGAAUAAUGAUAAUUUGGAUCCCAGGGAAGUUGCGGCUCGGAGAAGGUUAUGGAGAGAGAGGAGGAUUGAGAAUUCAAAUUUGAUAGCUGAGAAUGGAAAUUCUGUGUUAGGUAGUAGUGGUCUUAUUGCUGAACAAUCACACUCUAAUUCGGACACAAACGCUGUUCUUAGUUUGAAUUCAAACAGAAAUACCCUAGAGGACAGGAAUUUGGCUUCGGAAAAUGUUUGGAUUUUGAAUACUAGUAGUUCUUGUGGUACAUGUAAUUUGGUACGAGCCGAAGAGGGGCGGGUUCGAGAAACCAAUUCAGAUCUCGCCACACCCUUGAUCAGUCAUGGAAUGAAUAGAGGAGAAGAUGUGGCGUCGGAUGAGAAUCUGAUACUAGAGGGAAUUGGAUUGGGUUCGUCAGGUGCAAUCAAGUUAGGGCUGGGAGAUUUUAUCUUCUAUAGCGUUUUGGUUGGCAGGGCUGCAAUGUAUGAUUUUAUGACAGUGUAUGCAUGUUAUCUUGCAAUUAUUGCUGGUCUCGGCGUAACUUUGAUGCUUUUGGCUUUAUAUCAGAAAGCCUUGCCUGCUCUUCCUGUGUCGAUAGCACUGGGUGUGCUGUUUUAUUUCUUGACCAGAUUAUUACUUGAAGUAUUUGUAGUACAAUGUUCCUUGAAUCUUCUGUUAUUCUAAGGUUAUAAUUUAUAUUGCUCAGGCUCAGUUCUCGGCGAUAAAGCAUAUUACAUUAUCAUAGCUAAAGCUCUGGGCUUCAGGUUUAAGCUUUUGUUGCAAGGCUCUCUAAAAAUGUAAUGUAAUAUUUUAUUUCCCUUCCUUCCUCUGAUUAUAUUUUUAAAGUAGUAGAAAUGUCAAAUCAUCCAAAAUAUAUUGCCUUUAGCUGUUGAAAUUAAUUUAGUGUGUAAUGUAUCUCCAAUUACAUAUCAUUGCUUGACCAACUGAUCAUGUAACAUAACAAAACAUAUCAAUUGCUCUAUUCAAACUCCAUUCUCUUAAAA